AUGAAGUUGUUACUCCCAGACCGUUCAUGUAACAUGCUGCAAUCGGAUACAAAAGUCCCAUUGUAUCUGCGACUUCCAACUGAUGAGAUUAUUCGAUUUAAUCUGGCUGAGGACCAGACCAUCAGGGUGAGAGCUCUUAAGAAUAUGAUUUCAUUACUUUGAGGAACAAAAUGUUUAUCUUGAAUUAAAUAUUUAAUGUUGUACUUUCUGAAGUAGAAGGCAUCAAUUUAUAACGUGCAGGGUUCGAGUAAAAAUGGAAGGACCAAGAGACAGAUCUUUAAACACGGUUUUUUUGCUGAAUACGUUUCUGCCACUGCAUGCUAUAAUUUAGUUUUUCUAGACCAAUAUGUAUCUUUCUUCCACUUUGGAAAAAAAUUCCCCUGCAGAGGGCCAUUUCAAUAGCAGUGGUUGCUGUGCAGGCUUUGAGGCAAUCCAAGCAAGUUCAAUUCCCGUGUUGGGCAAGAACGUUUAGCAUUUUUGCGGUUAUAAUAGAAACAUAUCGUCAUAAUUUUGAAAAAAUUCUUUCGGGAUUUGUUUACUAUGCCUAUGCCCCAUCAUUUUGAAAAAACUCAAAAUCAAUUUUUUUCCGGGGACGAGAAAUUAUGGGUGACGCAGGGUCGGGUGGUGCAAGUUCGGAUGAUUCCUUUCGGGUGAUCGCAUUGAUGCGAAUUCGGGUGUCGAUUUUUGGGGCGGGUGAAUUCGUGAUAAAGAAAAUAUUUUACUGAUGGCUACUAAAUAUGACGUAACACUGUUAAAGUUUUAAAUCUUUUUCCAGAUUUAUUCGGAUUCCUGAUGGUCGAAAACCCAAAAAACUUUUGACAAUCUUAUGCCCUAUUCAGUAGCCAGUAUAAUAUUUUCUUCGUCACCCGAGAAUUCACAAGCCACUUUAUGAAAAUACCAAUAUGUAUUGUCAGUCUGUCGGGAAGAUAGUGGCGGGUUGCCGCAGUAGAAUAUUCGCAAAGAGAGUACGGUCGCGCACCAAAUUUCCAGCUGCGGCUAGCCGUCGCAAAGCGAUGAUGAGCGAUUCCAAGACGCGACGAAUCGCCAUUAUUUUCCCGACAGACUGAUAUAUGUUUACCGCUGACUAGAGGUUGGAUUCAGCGACUAAAAACUCGUUUUUUAAAUAUAAUUUUAAUUUGUCAUCACAAAUCUAAACCUUUUAUUUCAGCCGAUUUAUGAUAUGAUGACCAGCCAAGGUCUUUCCCUGCUCGAUCAUAAACUCCUGCUUCAGAAUCCGUAUUGCGAAUUGGAAAUCAGCCGUUCUACAGCGAACAUGACCCUCUACGAGCUGAAUAUCAGGCCAAACGAGAUGAUAUUUGUUAUACCAUGCUGA